AUGGCCGCCACCAUCUCCCGAUCGAUCCUAACCUUCCGAUCACCCGGAGCCGCCAUCUCCCUCCUCCAGAAACGUCUCUUCUCCUCCACCGUAACCAACCCACCUCCUCUCCCUGGGUUCCGCCACCCGAUUUCCGCAAUACGAUAUGCCACGCCCGCGUUAUCCCACUCCCUCCGAGCCAUUUCUCCUGUCAGAGUCAACCCGGUGCGGUGCCGGGUCGGCGGCCGAUCUGGUCCGUAUUCGCCGCUGAAUCCCGGUUCCAACUUUAACGACCGGCCGCCCACCGAGAUGGCGCCGCUUUUCCCCGGAUGUGAUUACGAGCACUGGCUUAUAGUGAUGGACAAGCCUGGAGGUGAAGGGGCCACGAAGCAGCAGAUGAUAGAUUGCUACAUCCAAACCCUAGCCAAAGUUGUGGGAAGUGAGGAGGAAGCCAAGAAGAAGAUAUACAAUGUCUCCUGUGAUAGGUAUUUUGGGUUCGGGUGCGAACUCGACGAGGACACAUCGAACAAGCUCGAAGGUUUGCCAGGUGUUCUGUUUGUUCUUCCAGAUUCCUAUGUUGAUGCCGAAUACAAAGACUAUGGAGCCGAGUUGUUUGUGAAUGGAGAGAUUGUUCAACGGAGUCCAGAGAGACAAAGGAGGGUUGAGCCGGUGCCUCAGAGAGCUCAAGACAGGCCAAGACCGAAAUCUGUCACGCAACGGGACCGUUUAGCUGCUGUUGCUGUCGGAAAAUGCCACGAAGACCGACCUUUUAGCUGCCUGAGCACGAUGGGGGACUAUACGCCGAUCAGGAGCAUCGAGCCACCCUGGACAUGA